AUGGCAAGACAAACAUCAUUUGUACCAUCUCGUUACAUCUUUACGGCAUUAGUGUCUAUCGGCUUGGCCAUCAUUUAUGGAUUGAAGGUUAAUCUGAGUGUGGCUAUCGUCGUAAUGAUUAAUUCUACGGAACUUAAGGCAGUAACGGAGUCGGCUAACGAAGGUUAUCUUUCUGAAAGUAAUCGCUCUUUGGCUUACAGCAUUAGAAGCCAACCGUCUGAAUUUGCUUGCCUUGAUCCUUUUUCCGAGACAAACAAUAAGACCUCCGAUGUACAGGAUGGGCCUUUUGCGUGGCCAGAGACUAUUCAAGGUUUGGUGUUGGGGGCAUACUUUUGGGGUUACCUCCUGACUCAGAUUCCCGGUGCAAUGAUAGCUGAAAAAUACUCUGCCAAGUGGGUCAUUUGGAGUUCAGUCCUCAUCAAUGUCGUGUUCACCAUUUUAACACCGUUGGCUGCCAACAUAAGUUACAUCGCUGUCCUCGUUGUCCGUUUCAUUGAAGGACUGGGCGCUGGAAUGUCACCUCCAGCUAUCCACGUUAUGUUGACCAAAUGGGUUUUGCCGCAAGAGCGCAACUUGAUGUCUUCUUUGGCCUAUGCUGGAAUGGCAUUGGGGACGGUACUUUCUCUUCCGUUUUCUGGCAUACUGGCGGCUGUCAGUGGAUGGGAAUGUUUUUACGUCCAAGGUGGCCUGGCCUUGGUCUGGUGCGGCUUGUGGCUCUUCUUUAUCUAUGAUUCGCCGGAAAAUCAUCCGCGUAUCCAUCCAGAAGAAUUAGAACUUUUUCGUGCAUGCAGCAGGGAACAUGUUGUUGAUCAGGGAAACGACACAAUGGUAUGCGAAGCAAAAUUGGAAAACGGUAAUGUUGAUUCCAAAUCUUUAUCAGCCAACCUGGACGAUAAAGAUCAAUCUCAGCAUAAGAGCGGCAGUUAUUCGAAUUUGCCUGUGCCGUGGAGAGCUCUUGCAACAUCAGGUCCGUUUUGGGCUAUUUUUAUUGCUCAUACCUGCGCCAAUUUUGGAUGGUACAUGUUGCUGGUUGAACUACCCACCUAUAUGAAGGCCAUUUUGCGUUUCAAUAUCAGUCAGAAUGCUGGACUAUCUGCAAUUCCCUAUUUGUGUCUAUGGAUAUUCAGUAUCAUUUGGAGCAAUCGUUUAGAUUGGGCAAAAAGCAAAGGAUGGAUCACCACAACGACCGUCAGAAAAUUAUCUACAGCCAUUGCAUCCUUAAUCCCCGCCGCUUGUUUUGUCGGAGUCAGUUUGGUGGGAUGUGAUCGCCAAGCCGCCGUGGCGUUGAUGACUGUUGGCACGAUGUUCGUUGCCGGAACCUACUGCGGCUUCCUCACCAACCACGUUGAUAUUGCACCUAAUUAUGCAGGCACUUUGAUGGCUCUAACAAACACGGCAGCUACGAUCCCUGGUUUCAUCGUUCCCGCGUUUGUCGGCCAUCUAACGCACGGAAAUCAAACGUUGGGUCAAUGGAAAAUAGUUUUUUAUACAACGGCUGCCGUUUACCUCGUGGAGUUCAUCGUCUACACCGUUUUGGGAUCUGGGGAAGAACAGCCAUGGAACACUGUUUUCCAACGUAAAAGCAAAACUGUCAAGAGCAAAACCGAGGGAGUUCAAGAGAGAGAAGAAGUUGAAAAAUAAUUGAGAACUGGAUAAUAUUAGAUAAAAAAAGAUAGUGGAGAGGAAUAAUGCCUUGCUCGUAGCUAAGAAAUAAUCUGUUCAUUUCGUGAUUGGAUUAACUUCUAAAAAAAUCCUUACACAGUUCUAAGUCCUAUGCCAUUCUUUUAUAAUAAUUCCAAUUGAUACGAACUGUUCCGUACACGAGUAGACUGCAUAAUUGACGUCACGUCCGCCUUGUUGGAUGUGUCGGGACGACGUUCGUGGCCUGGCGUUUAUCACGCAGCUUUCUUAUCAAUCAAGCUGGUAUGGCAGCUAAUUAUGCAGGCCCUGUGAUGACAUUGACAAAUACAGUGGUUACAAUUCC